UACGACCGCGAGACCCAAGGUCUUCCGUUGCCCCCUGAUAAGACACGAGCUCUCCGGCGACCUGAUAAACGUGCACCCCAUACCAGCAACACCGCCACGAUGCCGUCGGAACGCGACUACCAAAUCUCCCCCAUUGUGCAGGAAUCCGUGAUGCACAACACCAAGACCCUAUCAAACUUGCAGAGUCUUUCAGCAUCCCUCUUUGGUGUCGCAGCCGGCAUCCUCGGUCUCGAAUCGUACAGCGGCUUCCUCUUCUACCUCGUCUUCUCUUUCAUCACCGCCGCCUUGUUCUACGUCCUGCGCAUCGCUCCCGAAUCGACAUCAGCAGGUUUCCCAUUCCUCAGCACGAGCCGUUACUUCAAGGGGCCGUUCGACUUCUGGACGAGUGGGCUGCUCGGAGGUCUUUCAGGUUUCAUUCUCACCUGGACUUUGUUCUACGGUUUGGUGAGGGCAUAA